UCCAUUCGUCACCAUCACCAUGUGGAGAAGAAUCAUCUCCUCUCAUCUCAAAACCCUAGCCGCCGAUGUCGUCGCUGAUUCUCCUCGUGGAUUGACAGUUCUGUGUGGUGGGCUCGCGUUUAAGAUUGAGAUUUCAGGCUCGGCGUUCUCGGAUUUGAACAGUGAGUGGAGUUUGGGAUUUGGAUUAUGCACGGCGAAUCAGAAACGGCUGGGUCAGAUGAAUGGUGUAGACGCUGUGCUUGAAGGUGUGGCGAUGAAUAAGUCGCAGGAUCCUAAAACUCCUGGUGAGGAAGAGAUGUUAGCUAAUUUAUUUGAUUGUUUGUGUUGCCUCUUGAUGCCAUUGGAGAACAAGGAGAGGUUUGUGAAUGCGGAAGGUGUUGAGCUGAUGAUUAUAAUCAUGAAGCAGAAGAAAUAUGCUUACGGGUCUGCAAUUCGAGCUCUAGACUUUGCCAUGACCAAUUAUCCACCAGCAUGUCAGAGGUUUGUGGAUGUUAUGGGACUGAAGACAGCAUUUGCUGCUUUCAUGGCUGGGAUUUUAAGGGGUUCUAGGAGAGAUCGAUUGUUAAGUAAAUUUGUGGAGAAUGAAUUUGAGAAGAUUGACUGGCUCAUGGAAUUAUACAUGAGAUAUUCUGAUAGGGUUAGAUUAGAGGCUGAGAGAUUAGACCAGCUUGAGCUUGAUGACCUUGAGGUAAUCUUGAGUAAUGUUUUCUCCGAAAAAUUGCAGCUUGUUGCUGUUAUCCUGGGCCAUAUUUGGAAUGGAAUAAAUUGUUUCGGAGAAGGAGCUUGCAUGUGGUUGCAGGAGCUUAAGUGGUAUGGCUUUGGCCUUCUAAUAUAUGGUUUUGGAUCUAAGAAAGCUUUAAUUGAAGAAUUUGCUUCUGCUUCUUUGACUGAGUAUUCUGUUGUGGUCAUCAAUGGCUACCUUCUUUCCGUUCUUUUAGCAUUAAUUGAUAUUAUGUCCGAGCUUUUGACAUGUAAAAGAAAGAGUUCUAGGAGUUUGUCUAAAGGUCAAGUAACAUUUCUUUCACGCUCCAUGGAUGAUAUUCUUUCCUUUCUACAUGGUCCACAGUUUGAAGAUAAAGACUACUUCAUAUGCGUUGUUGUUCAUAACAUUGACGGCCCUGCUCUAAGAGAUCCUGAAUCACAACAAACUCUUGCCCGGCUUGCUUCUUAUUCACACAAACGAAUGGUUGUCUCUAUUGACCGUGGCAACGCUCCAUUAUAUAUUCUGUACUGCUUCUUUGACCUGAGGCAAUGUUUCUUGUAUCUGUUGGCAGUGAGGGACAAGAAAAUGGUUGAUAACAAGAUCUCUCUGACAAAUUCACCUGGUGGGCAAUGCCCGGAGACUGAAUCGAUCAACUUGAAUGUUCUAUCAUGUCUCUUUAUGAAAGGUAUAUGCGAUGUGCUGAGGCAUGAAACUUUUAUGAUCCGUGUGUGAAAGUGUUCCUCCACGAGUGAGCUUCGAUAACAUGAGAUGGUGGGUUUACGAUAAGCAACACUCUUCAUGAAUAACAUUUGAGAACAAGUCCUUCCUCUUCUUGUGGCUCGAGGGAGAUAAAUCGGUUGCUUCACC